AUGCAGGUUCUUAACGUCAGUCUGCAUCGUAUAAGCCCGAAAUUCAACUUUAGCCCACCAAGUCGCUGCACCAUCAGCCAAUUUGGCCAUAGGCCAAGAAUGCUCCUCGGAACAGGAACUCCCAUUCCAGUCGGUCCCUGGUCUAUAAUUGACCUCACAACCCUGACCAUUCUUAUCCAGGUCAAUGACAAAUAUCCUCAACCCACAUUUCCGAUUGAACAGGGGUUCAAGUCCGUAUUCCGCUGCAUUGUACCGCUAGGUCAAGACGAUGGCUUACGGCGGUCUGGCAACAAAGUCAAUUCUGUUGAUGUGUUGGCUGGUUCUUCAAGUGCCAGACAAUGCAUGGCUUCUGAGGUAAUAAUGGCUGCUAGAAGUACUUGUUGUAUUUUGUCCUGUACUUAA